CGCGACAAUGGGACACAAUUGGCCACUGACAGAGAAGGACACGGGAUUGUGAAAGAUGGGAGAGAGAUCUCACCGCCGUCGCCAAUGCAGCCACCCUCCACCACCGCCAUUGACGGAAGCCUCUACUCAGCGAUCGGUCACUCCUCCCUCGGCAGCGGUGCGAUCCAACGAAGCUACGGACGGCUGAAGAGUUUGAGGACUGAAGACAAGUGGCUUCAAGAUCCAAGGUUUGUGGGAUCCGCCUGGAUUAGGAUGAAGGACAGCAGCAAGGACGAGAUCUACUUUUUCUUCAGUGAGUCUGAUGGCGGUGAGGUUUCGGUGGGAGCCGUCAGGUCCUGCAUUGGACGGGUGUGCAAGGUUGAUGAGGGGACAUCGAAGAACACUCGAGACUCCUGGACCACUUUCUUAAAGGCUCGGCUAGUCUGUGGCUUCCCAACCGAGCUGAGGUACUUCAACAAUAUUCAAGACGCCGCUGUCCUCCAUGUGGAAGACGAGCCUCACAGGAGCACGGUGUACGGGAUCUUUUCCAGUUUGUGGAACUCCACUGCAAUCUGUGCCUACACACAAGCGGACAUAGACAGGGCGUUUAAAACCUCCAAGCUGAAGGGUUUCACUGGCAACCUGCCUGCAAGUCCAAGGCCAGGAACG